AUGGUUGUCCAGACCAGGAGAAGAAAAGCCCUGCAAGAGGCAGAGGAGCCAACAAAGUCAAGUCCCGCGCGCAAGAUGCCGGUGAGGGAGAAGGAGGAUGAUGCGGAUGUGCCAGCAAAGGCAACGCCAGCAAAGCGAACACCAGCAAAGAAGACCACGCCGGCCAAGGAGACACCAGCCAAGGAGACUCCGGUCAAGGGCACUCUCAUGGUUUUUGACGAUGAAGAUGAAUCCGAAUUUCAAACUCCUGUUGGCAAAGAAGACGAAUCUGAAUAUAAAACUCCUACAGAGUCAAAUAGCGCUCCCAAACCAGCAGAGGUGGAAGACGAGGAAGAGGAUAGCGACGAUGAGGCACCCGAGGCUGUGUCUACCGCCAAGGCUGCCGAGGACAUCAAGAAAUCUGCUCAAGCCGCUCAGAAGGCCGCUCAGGAGCAAGCGGCCUCACUAAAGCGCAAGCGUCAGCAGCGCGAUGAGCUCCUCAAGAAACAAGCCGAGGAGCGAAAGAAGGCCGAAGAAGCCAAGCCGCAAAACGACCAGCCCGAAGCCAGGCAAACUAAAUCUGACGCCAGAGCAAGGAAGCGCACAGAAAAGUCCCAGAUCCCAACUGUUCUACCCGCGGAAUUCCUGACAGACUCUUCAAGCGAGGAUGAAGUCGACGACGCCGCCGAGGCCGCAGCAGGGCCCAAGAGGCGAAAGGUGGCGGGUGUCGAGAAGAAACUGACGCGCUUGGAUGCCGGGCCCAAGGACGAAGUGGUCAAGUCGACGGUGUACCGGGUGGCCAAGAAGACGGACGAGAGGAUGGCGCCGAAGCUGAAGAAGCAUACGAAGAGUUCCAAGGAGCUGCUCUUGAAGCGGAACAGGCCUGCGGCUGCGAAAUCCGGAACUGGAUUCUUUAAGAGGAAAUGA